CAAGGCGGAAGUGUGCGCCGACCCCAGGUGGGCGGGGAAAGGGAGCUGGCCCGGUGGGCUGAGACGCCGCAACCUGAUAGCAGGCGUUCCGGAGCGUGCUUCCCAGCCUUCCUGAGCAACGUCGUGCCAGGCCCGAGGGCACCUAACCCUCUGCGCCAGCGGCGCCGCCGGCUUCCGGAACCGGGCUCCCCCGUGAUGAUGUCAUACGCGGAGACUUCCGCUUCCGGUUUUGGGGUUGGACUCACGUGUCAGGGUUUCCAGGGCUCUACCGGCUCCUGCGGUCUUGUGAUGGAGGUGCUGGUCCCCUGGAAGGACGAAGCAGGUGGGCGCUGCCGCUGCGGGUCCGGGAGGGGCGGUGUCUGAGAGCUGUGCUCGACGACACGGAUCAAAGUUUUUGUGCGCCCUUCUCCUGUCUAGUCCGAAUCUACUCUGUGCAGGGUCCUGCAGUCGGCUUAGGAUGAGUUGCCGCAGUCCCUGCCCGCAUUUGCUUUACGAGACAGUCUCACGGAAGAAUGGGUACUACCCAGGCAGCAGCCUCCCUCCCUGUCCAAAGAUCAGACUCCACGAAACCACUGAGUUUGUACCUUGUAACAUAUGGGAAAAGCAAGAGAGAAUGAAAAAGCUCUCAGCCAGCUGGGGUUGCCUGAGAAUCUAGGUAAGAACGGAGACUCUGACCCCAAAUAUGUUAUGUUUAAAGAACUCUUCAUAACAUUGGCUGUUGAUUUGAUGGUGCUGGAAACUGACGCGGUCCCCUGCAACCGACAUAGACUGAAAGUGUGUUCUGUUUAAAACAGGCAAUUUUUCAGACAGUCAUGGGUAUCCGAGGACUAAUGAGUUUUGUGGAAGAUCACAGUAAUGAGUUUUUCACCGAUUUGAAGUUGCGAGACACAAAAAUUAUCAUUGAUGGCUAUGCCCUCUUCCACCGGCUUUGUUUCAAUUCAGACUUGGAUCUCCGGUAUGGAGGGGACUAUGAUUCUUUUGCAGAUGUUGUACAAAAAUUCUUUGAAUCACUAUUUGCAUGUAAGAUCUGUCCCUAUGUUGUGUUAGAUGGAGGAUGUGAUAUUUCAGAUAAAAAGCUAACAACGUUAAAGGAUCGUGCUAGAGAGAAGAUCCAAAUGGCCCACUCACUCUCUGUGGGCGGCGGCGGGUAUGUGUGUCCCUUGCUCAUCCGGGAAGUAUUCAUCCAGGUUCUGAACAGGCUGCAGGUGCCUUUCGUCCAGUGCUUUUCAGAAGCAGACCGGGACAUUAUGACCCUGGCUAAUCACUGGAACUGCCCCGUGUUGUCGUCGGAUAGUGACUUUUGCAUUUUUGACCUGAAAGGUGGGUUUUGCCCAUUGAACAGCUUUCAGUGGAGAAACGUGAGCACAAUUAAGGGCACCGGAGACCGCUACAUCCCUGCCAAGUGCUUUUCACUCGAUGCACUCUGCCGUCACUUCAGCAACAUGAAUAAAGCUCUGCUACCUCUCUUGGCGGUGCUGUGCGGAAAUGACCACGUUAACCUGCCUGUCGUGGAGACGUUCCUCAGUAAAGUACGCCUUCCCUCCGGAGCUGCAGGUUCUAAGGGGAGGAGACACCACCGGGUGCUGGGACUGCUGAACUGGUUGUCUCACUUUGCUGGCCCUGCCGAAGCACUCAACCAGGUUCUGAAACAGCUCCCCAAGAAGAGUCGAGGAGAUGUCAGGGAGCUCCUGUGCGGCUCCAUGGAGGAGUACCUGCAGUCCCAGGUGAAGCUGCAGGACUUCUUCCAGCAUGGUGCCUACUCCUGCCUGGACGCCUGUGGUCUGGGUCUACCGCAGUGGGUGCUAGCGGCCUUGGCCAGAGGCCAGCUGUCCCCCUUCAUCAGCGAUGCUUUGGUGCUGAGACGGACCAUUCUGCACACACAGGUGGAAAACAUGCAGCGACCAAACGCCCACAGAGUCUCUCUGCCCAUCCGGCAGGUCAUCUACGGGCUUCUGGUGAAUGCUUCCCCCCGUCUGGAAAACACAUCCGGGAACGCCCCGCCUCCUCAGCCUCUGGCUUUCAGGGAGGUGGAGAGGUUUCAUAAAAACAUCAAAACAUCAAUUGUUGCUGCAGUAGAACUGCCCAAGGAUCAUUGUGACUUAAGCAGAUUGACCGAGCUCUCAGUGGCGAGCCGGCGGGCCCUCCUGUUAGAAGCGCUGAAAGUAAGGCCAGCUGUCCUGGACCCCAUCCCCGCCUCCUUGAAGUUGCCUAUCGCUGUCAGCUGCUACUGGUUGCAGCAGGCGGAGGCCAAGGCGAGACUGCAUCACCUCCAGGCCCUGCUGCUGGGGAUGCUGCUGGGGCCCCUGCGCGCUGCGGCCCGCGGCCCUGAUGAGGCGGGCCAGUGCUGGGUCGGUGCCCUGGCGCUGUGCGAGGAGCUGCAGGGGGCCAGGACGCCGCCGGGCCCGGGGCUGGACCUGGACGUGGCCCACACCUUCUGCCAGUGGCAGUCCUGUCUGCAGAUGGGGCUGUACCUCAACCAGCUGCUGGCUGCACCUCUCCCGGAGCCCGACCUCACCUGCGUGUACAGCGGGAGCCUGGCACACGGGCUGUGCCGCCGCCUGCUGACAUCAGCCUCGGCGGAGGGGCUCCUGCGCGGGUGUCCCGAGGCGCAGCAGCUUUACGAGUGCCUGUUCCACGCCACGAGGUCCUGUGCCCCUGCUGAACUCUUCCUACCAAAGAGCAAGUCAAACUCCAAAAAAAAAAGGCAAAAGAAACAAGGCAGCAGCGGGUCCAAGAACAGAGUGGGGGCCAUCUCAGACAUGGGAAGUUGGUACGAGGGAGGCAAUCGGUUUGGGCUGUUAAUGGUCGAGAACCUGGAGGGAUGCAUGGAGGCCUCCGAGCUGGCAUGAAUGCCGGCUGCCAUCACAGGUGGAAUUCUUACUGAAAACUGUCGUUGCCGCCCUUGAAAUGACUGACUUUUCUUCGGAAUUAAUUGUUAGGGGAUAAACAUGUAGUGGGUCAUCUGUGAAUUCCAAGGUAUUUUGUAUUCUGCUUUUAAUAAAUGCAACCUGAUUUAAGUAAA